GGCCGGGCGCGGGUGGCGGUGCACCGCGGCGCUCCACAAGGCUGGGCAUGGAGGAGAGCGAAGAUUCCGAGGCGACCCCAAGCUGCAGCGGCCUGAGCCGGGGACCCGUGCCCAGCGGAGGCGGCGCUGGCGGCUGCAACUUGUGGGCCCCCGAGGACGCCUGGAUCGCUACCCACCCUAAGUACGUAGAGAUGAUGGAAUUAGAUGUAGGAGACGCUACCCAAGUUUAUAUAGCGUUCUUGGUUUACCUGGAUCUCAUGGAGAGUAAAAGUUGGCAUGAAGUAAACUGUGUAGGAUUACCAGAACUCCAGCUCAUCUGCCUUGUUGGUACUGAGAUAGAAGGAGAGGGGUUGCAGACUAUAGUGCCUACGCCCAUCAGUGCAUCCCUUAGCCAUAACAGGAUAAGAGAAAUCUUAAAGGCAUCUCGAAAAUUGCAAGGUGACCCAGAUUUGCCAAUAUCAUUUCUUUUGGCCAUUGUGGAGUCUGAUUCCACAAUAGUCUAUUAUAAGCUCACUGACGGGUUUAUGCUGUCGGAUCCACAGUUCAAUUUUGAGGUAACUGAAAGAAUACUUCACUUAGAAGAAGAAAAAUAUGCCAGUUGGACUUGA